CGGAGCCCCGGCGUUCUGGCAGAGCCGGAGCCUGACGGCAGAGCCCGGCAGGAUUGGCACUUACCCACGACCCCCCUUCCCUGCUAUGAUGGCCGGUCAGUAGCAUGUUCCAGACCCCCCGGGGGUAUGUAGGCAGAGCUAGCGGCAGCCAGGUGUGCUGAGCCACAAGAGCUCUAGGGCACUCUGGGGGCAGCUCUGCCUGCUGCGCUCUCUGGUGCAGGGGGAGAUGCCCAACUGACGAGCGAGCUGGUGAGGACAAGAACGUUCCCUUUUGGCCCGAGUCCGCUGCAUCCAUGGCGCUGCCGGCCAGUCUGGUGCCCCUGUGCUGCUUGGCACUUCUGGCGCUGCCGGCCCAGAGCUGCGGGCCGGGCCGGGGGCCGGUUGGCCGGCGCCGCUACGUGCGCAAGCAGCUCGUGCCGCUGCUCUACAAGCAAUUUGUGCCCAGCGUGCCCGAGCGGACCCUGGGCGCCAGUGGGCCGGCCGAGGGGAGGGUGACAAGAGGCUCUGAGCGCUUCCGGGACCUGGUGCCUAACUACAACCCCGACAUCAUCUUCAAGGAUGAGGAGAACAGUGGUGCAGACCGCUUGAUGACCGAGCGUUGUAAAGAGCGGGUGAACGCGCUGGCUAUUGCGGUGAUGAACAUGUGGCCCGGAGUGCGCCUACGGGUGACCGAGGGCUGGGACGAGGACGGCCACCACGCUCAGGACUCACUUCACUACGAAGGACGUGCCCUGGAUAUCACCACGUCCGACCGCGACCGCAAUAAGUAUGGGUUGCUGGCGCGCCUGGCAGUGGAAGCCGGCUUCGACUGGGUCUACUACGAGUCCCGCAACCACGUCCACGUGUCUGUCAAAGCCGAUAACUCACUGGCGGUCAGGGCAGGCGGCUGCUUUCCGGGAAAUGCCACCGUGCGCCUGCGGAGCGGCGAGCGGAAGGGGCUGCGGGAACUGCACCGCGGUGACUGGGUGCUGGCGGCAGACGCGGCAGGCCGGGUGGUGCCCACGCCCGUACUGCUCUUCCUGGACCGGGACCUGCAGCGCCGGGCCUCUUUCGUGGCUGUGGAGACCGAGCGGCCCCCGCGCAAGCUGUUGCUCACUCCCUGGCACCUGGUGUUCGCCGCUCGAGGGCCUGCGCCCGAGCCAGGCGACUUUGCACCAGUGUUCGCGCGCCGGCUGCGCGCGGGGGACUCGGUGCUGGCGCCAGGCGGGGACGCCCUUCGGCCUGCGCGCGUGGCCCGAGUGGCGCGGGAGGAAGCCGUGGGCGUGUUCGCACCGCUCACAGCGCACGGGACGCUGCUGGUCAACGAUGUCCUGGCCUCGUGCUACGCGGUUCUGGAGAGUCACCAGUGGGCGCACCGCGCCUUUGCUCCUCUGCGCCUGCUGCACGCGCUGGGGGCGCUGCUUCCGGGCGGGGCCGUCCAGCCAACUGGCAUGCAUUGGUACUCUCGGUUCCUCUAUCGCUUGGCGGAGGAGCUGCUGGACUGAGCGCUCCAGGCAUAGAAACCUCGUGGCAUCCGCCUAAACGGGAGUGUGCGGGCUGAGAUCUGGAGAUGUGGGCAGCAGACGAUGCUGAUUGGGAGGGAGGGAGGGAUAGGGAGAAAAAUGGACGCGAUGGUUUAGGGCCAACCUCUAACUGAGAGGUUGGGUCCUAAGUAGGUGGGAUUGAUGAUGGGUAGUCAUCGACGAGGACUAUUUCUCCUUUUCUUCCCCAGUGCCUCAGCCCCACCCGAUUAUUUUAUUUUAUUUUCUAUUUAUAAAUUGUAAUAUAAUAAUCUGCUUGCCCCGCCUGGCAAGAUGAGGGGCUGGGGCACAGCGUUAACAGUUAUCUGACAUGGGAGCCAAUCUGACAUCUGACAUUUUCCUACAAGUGGGCUAAUAAAGGGAAGGCUUCCAGGAGCUUAUUGG